AUGGCCGUACUGAAGAGAGAUGGAGGAGCGCCCCGCGAUGCGAAAGCUGCCAGUGCCGACUCGUCUCCCCUCGCUCGGGUGAUGCGCGAGUUCGAGGAGCUGGUCAAGGGCUUCGAGACAGGACUGCUGCGCUCCCUCGAGGAUGCAGAAGAGAGCAAGCCCCUGCAGCUGAAGGGUGGGCGUAGGGACGACAUUCGACGUGAGGCCUGUCGGCUGGCCAUCUCGGACCUAAGUAACAGUUACACGUGCAAGUACAUCCGUCGAUCACUGAAUCAAGCCGAGUCGGAGGGAAAGCGUGUAGAAGAGCAGCUGCACAACCUAUCGCUUGACGGCAGUGCAGGAGACGACGAUGACCUAGGCAGCUUACACAAUGGCUAUUUCCGGCUUUACUCUACCGAGCUAUUCGACCUGUUAGGGCAGCCAACUGAGCUCCGACUCGGCACACUACGCUUCCACAAGCAUCGCUCGACCCACGAUACACAAGAGCAACCAUCACACUCCCAGUCGCCAUGGGUCACUGUUGAGCUCGCGCUUAAUAACGCCUUUUACGUCGCCGACUCAAUGGAGACGCUACCAUACCAUACCUUCCGACUACCCACUGCGCCGUCGUUACAGAACAGAGGCAUUUUGAGCAGGAAACCAGAAGACGGUGGCGCCUUUCCCGGCUUUGAUUCGUGGUUGCUGUUUACAUUCCUGGGUAACGGAUGCAUAAAGCUCGAGGUGCCCAUCGAGAUGUGUGCAGACGUCUACGGCGGCCGACUAAGAGGACGCGAAAACGAGGAGGUACUGUUCUGGGGUUUCUUUGUAGACGACGACCUUGAACAGUAG